AUGCCGUUUAGAAGACCCACAAUCGUAAACCCGGCAUUCGCGAAACGCAGCGUGGAUGAAGUGUCAUUUAAAGACCGAUUAAAAGCGAAGAUAGAUCGAAUGAAAAUGCACGAGAGACAUGGACGAGAUUUUCUGAGACACGAUGAAGGCAAUAGUGAAUUUCAUAGAAAUAGUCGCGCAGAGCUAUACCAAAAACUGGAGACAUUAAUUACAGCGCUUGGUUCGGAUGGGAGGCAGUGCGUACUUCGCAAACUAUGCGAGUCAGCUCGUGCCCGAGGGCAGGGGACAUUCCUUCAGGAACUACUUAGGGUUGUCUUUACAUUCCCAAAGGACAAAAAUUCUGCUAUCGAAGAACAUAAAUUGUAUGAUCAAGCUCAAGAUCCAUCAAAGGACUGUGAGAUAAUGUAUCCGGGCUGUGAAAAUUUCGACGUCACCUCAUUAUGA